UCCGAGUCGGGAGCGGACUGUUCCCACACUAAAGCAUCGCCUCCACGUCCUGCCCGCCCAGCCUCGGGUGGGGGAGAGGGGACGAACACCCCCUUCUGUGGCUCCUCCCUGCCCACCUGCUGUGGCCUCUGGGCUGCGAGACCCCUCAUCUUGCCCUGCAGGAAGAGCUGUUCUCCGCCUUGGCUCGCUCUCCCAGUAAUUCAGCAGCUCUCCUGCCUGCUCCCCGCUGCUCGGACUUAUUUGUGGUCCCCAUUUUUCACAGGGGAGGAAUUUUGUACCCCAGGGGCGUGGACGUGCCCAUGCGUGCCGGGCUCGCAGCGGCACUGCCGAAGCCGCCCUCCCUGGCACAGCCCGGCGGCAGCCCCCCUCCCAGUAUGUGCUUAGGUCUGGAGACCCGAACAUCCGGACAAAGGCGGACUGCGCCAGUCCCGGAGGCAAGACCAUCCUUACAGGCGAUCUAAGUGGAGGUGGAGAUUCUCGAAGACUGGGCCGUGGGGCUGGUGCCCCCAUCUCCCGGGAGGUGACGCAUCUGGUCCUCCACUACUGACCCCCCAGGCCUCUGCCCCACGGGGUUCCUGAUCUGCUGCUGCUUCUCCAACGGCUCAGUGGAGAGUAGUGAAGCUCCUUAGGAUUCACCCUGGGACCCAUCCUGCUUGCAGGCUUGUGCUGUGGACCACCAGUUUCCACCUUGCACUCAGCAUGCCCUUUACUGGUGGAACCGGACCCUCCGAGGAAUCACUCUGGAGCUUGAGGCCAGCCUGCAGGGAAAUGGACUCCAAGGUCUCCGAAGGUGGCCUGAACGUCACCCUCACCAUCCGGCUGCUGAUGCAUGGCAAGGAAGUUGGAAGCAUCAUUGGAAAGAAAGGAGAGACUGUGAAGAAGAUGCGUGAGGAGAGUGGGGCAAGGAUCAACAUCUCAGAGGGGAACUGUCCUGAGCGAAUUGUGACCAUCACCGGCCCCACCGAUGCCAUCUUCAAGGCUUUCGCCAUGAUUGCCUACAAAUUUGAGGAGGACAUAACCAACUCAAUGAGCAACAGCACUGCUACCAGCAAACCUCCGGUGACACUGAGACUGGUUGUGCCAGCCAGUCAGUGCGGCUCACUGAUUGGCAAAGGAGGCUCCAAGAUCAAGGAAAUCAGAGAGUCAACAGGUGCUCAGGUUCAAGUGGCGGGGGACAUGCUGCCCAACUCCACGGAGCGGGCGGUGACAAUCUCGGGGACACCCGAUGCAAUUAUCCAGUGUGUCAAACAGAUCUGUGUGGUGAUGCUGGAGUCCCCACCAAAAGGUGCCACCAUUCCCUACCGCCCAAAGCCCGCCUCCACCCCUGUCAUUUUUGCAGGUGGUCAGGUAAGAGCCGACCCGCUUGCAGCCUCCACUGCCAACCUCAGCCUUUUACUGCAGCACCAGCCGCUGCCCGCCUACACAAUUCAGGGACAAUACGCUAUUCCACACCCGGAUCAGUUGACCAAGCUCCACCAGUUGGCUAUGCAGCAAACCCCCUUUACUCCCCUUGGACAGACCACCCCCGCUUUCCCUGGAGAAAAGCUGCCCUUACAUUCCUCCGAAGAAGCUCAAAAUCUGAUGGGCCAAUCAUCAGGUUUGGAUGCCAGUCCCCCGGCCAGUACUCAUGAACUCACCAUUCCCAAUGAUCUAAUAGGCUGCAUAAUCGGACGCCAAGGGACCAAAAUCAAUGAAAUUCGGCAGAUGUCGGGAGCGCAGAUCAAAAUCGCCAAUGCCACGGAAGGGUCAUCGGAGCGCCAAAUUACCAUCACAGGAACCCCUGCAAACAUCAGCCUCGCGCAGUACCUCAUCAACGCCAGGCUGACGUCUGAGGUCACUGGAAUGGGCGCACUCUAAUUUCCACCCACCAUCCUCCACUCCGCACCACCCGACCCUCUCCAGCCACCGGCACUCCACCCAGCCUGUACUGCCUGUACAUUUACCGUCUCCCCUUUGCCUCCACAGAUACUCUUUUCUUUACUAACAAACAUAUAUAUAUAUAUAGCUCUAUAAAUACACAUGCAUAUGCACACACUGGAACGUUUCUUUAAGAGCUCCUUACUGUGCUCCCGAGGCUGCUCCCGAACUCUUUGGUUAUGGUCCUUGUUUUCUGCGUACGGUAUUAAUACUUCAUCUGCUUUUUGGGGGGUGGGGAGGGGGGCGUUGGUUUUUUUUCUCUGCUGGUGAGACUUCAGAAGAUGAUGGGGUCUCUAGUCUCAGUCUAGUGUAGCUACUUACACGUUUGAGUUGAUGUUGGCGGUACUUGCUGUAGCCCAUGGACUAGUGAUGCCACCCAGAGCUGUGCCUGCUUCAGAGUACUUACUUUUCUCCCCCUUCUUCCUUUGGUCCUUCCUCUUCCUUCGCUUUGCUUGACCUGGCUCACCUUUGCAACCUCACAUCUCUGCCCUCAGGAUAAGGUGUAGUUUUCACCCUGUGUUAUUUGCUAAACAGAACGUCCAGGAGCCAAGGCCACGCAUGGGUCCGCCUGUGGACUUCUCUCUUUGCAGCAUGGCAGGGUCCAGACAAGCCAUUUUUCAUACUAAACAAAGGCUCUCACACACACACGCACACACACAAAUGGUUCUGUUUUUUAACUAAUGAGCAACUGGAAGUGGGAAGAAUUCAGCUGUAUGGGAUUCACACCCCCAGGGGCCUUUGAAGCACUCUUUUUACAAUCCCCACAUGCAAAACAUUCGGACGAUAGCUCAGGAAGCUCUGUGAGCUGGCUGUGUUUGUCAUUGUUUGUGCUCAAUAAAUGUCUGUGCAGCUCUGCUA